AUGGAGUUUCUUGGGUUUGGCGGGAUACUGUUGAAGGCCAAUGUGGUGGCUGAUGCUCUUAGUCGGAGAUCUAAGACGGAUUUGAGGGCGAUGUUUGCUAGCCUAAGUUUGUUCGAUAAUAGUGGGAUUCUAGCUGAGCUUCAAGUUAAAUCAUCUUGGUUGAAUAAGAUUAAGAGUAAGCAGCUCUUGGAUGAGUAUCUGAUUAGUCGGGUUCAGCAGAUAGAUGAGGGCAAGACUUUAGAUUUCUUGUAUAAUGAUGAUGAGAUUUUAUGUUUUCGGGGCCGUAUUUGUGUGCCUAAGGAUGUGGAAUUAAGACAAUCUAUUUUACGGGAAGCGCAUAGUAGCUCUUAUGCUAUGCAUCCUAGAGGUAAUAAGAUGUAUCAUAAUCUCCGUGAUUUGUAUUGGUGGCCUAGGCUGAAGCAUGUGAUUUGUAUUGGUGGCCUAGGCUGA